CUCUGACUUUGCCAUGUCCUCAACCCCCUCAUUCCAGCUGGGUACUUUCGCUAAGGGCACAAGUUCAUCACUUGGCCACGCCAAGUCCUCGGUCCCCAAACUGGUCUGUCCUGUUGGGCUGGGGGAGGGGAAGUAUUUGGGAUCCCUUUUCUGGGCCCUAACUUAAGGGCCCCGAUUGGCCUCUAGGGGGAGGACAUCCACCCCCACUGGUAUUCCCUGGAGAGGCAUCCCGGAUCUUUCUCUUGUCCCUUCUCCCAGACCAGGAUCUACCUUUCACUGCAUUUACCUCCUGGAAAUUAGGCUUUUCCUAAUACAGGAACUGGCAUCCAGACCAGUUAUCUUUUUCCCUUGACUGGGAAUCAUAUUUCUGUAAUCCUAAAAGAAGCUGUGCUUUUUCUUUCCCCAAGCUGAAUCCCGUUCUCCCUUGGGAUCUUAGUGUUAAUAAUAGUUCACAUCUAUUAUAUAGUGCUUUCAGGUUUCUGCACAACAACCCUGUGAAAUAGGUAGAGCCAGUAUUAUUACUCCCAUAUUCUAACUUAGGAAACUGAAGUUUUAAGUAAAGUAAUUUUCUUAAGGUCAAACAGCUAGUAAGCAUCUGAACCUGGAUUUGAAGUCAGGUCUGACCCCAAGUCCAGUGUUCCUCCCAGGACAUCAAACUGUCUCUCUACAGAUGGAGAGAACUUUCCUUUCUCCUCUUUCCAACAUUCCCAACUUUAGAUGAUGCCUCACAGACCUACCCCUCCAGAGCCCCCUGGACCCCCUACAUCCCUUCAAGCAACAGCCUGAGUCCAGUCACACUCCAGGAUGUUUCGUCGGAUUCUAGAUCGGCCUUGCACACUGGCCUUGCUUGUGGGCUCCCAGCUGGCUGUCAUGAUGUACCUGUCCCUUGGUGGUUUUCGUAGCCUUGGUGCCCUGUUUGGUCGAGACCCAGGCCCCACCUUUGAUUAUUCACGACCCCAUGAUGUCUAUACCAACCUCAGCAGACUGCCUGGGGCCCCUGCUGCCCCAGGGGCUCCUGUGGCUCCAGAGGCCUUGCCCUACUGCCCUGAGCGCUCUCCCCUCCUAGUGGGUCCUGUGUCAGUGUCCUUUAGCCCAGUGCCAUCAAUGGCACAGAUUUUGGAGAGGAACCCUCGAGUAGAGGUUGGGGGCCGCUACCAUCCAGGGGAUUGUGAGCCUCGAUCUCGAACCGCCAUCAUUGUGCCCCAUCGGGCUCGGGAACCCCAUCUUCGGCUGCUACUCUAUCACCUACAUCCUUUUCUACAGCGUCAGCAGCUCGCCUAUGGCAUCUAUGUUAUUCACCAGGCUGGAAAUGGAACAUUUAAUCGGGCAAAGUUGCUCAAUGUAGGGGUACGGGAAGCCCUUCGUGAUGAAGAGUGGGACUGCCUAUUUCUGCAUGAUGUGGAUUUGCUGCCUGAAAAUGAUCACAAUCUUUAUGUAUGUGACCCUGGGGGGCCCAGGCAUGUUGCUGUUGCCAUGAACAAGUUUGGAUAUAGCCUCCCAUACCCCCAGUACUUUGGGGGCGUCUCGGCUCUUACUCCGGAUCAGUACCUGAAGAUGAAUGGCUUCCCUAAUGAAUAUUGGGGUUGGGGUGGAGAAGAUGAUGAUAUUGCCACCAGGGUUCGUCUAGCUGGUAUGAAGAUCUCUCGACCGCCCAUCUCUGUGGGACACUACAAGAUGGUGAAACACCGAGUAGACAAGGGAAAUGAAGAAAACCCUCACAGGUUUGACCUCUUGAUCCGGACACAACGUUCAUGGACACAGGAUGGGAUGAACUCACUGACAUACCGAUUGCUGGCUCGAGAACUGGGCCCACUUUAUACCAAUAUUACAGCAGACAUUGGGGUUGAUCCCCGUGGCCCUCGGCCUCCCUCAAGUCCCAAAUUCCCACCUGGUUCCUCUCAGGCUUUUCGGCACGAAAUGCUACAUCGCCGGCCUCCAGUACGGCCUGGUCCUCUGCCUCCUGCCAACUACACUGGUUCCCACUGACAACCCCUCAUCUCAUUUGAGAUUAGAGGGAAUAUGUCCUCUCCUGGUCCCCUUUCACUGCUGCCUAAGGGGUUACCUCUGCUGGGCCAGAGCUGGGCUCCUGUGGCCUUGGAGGGCCCUACUUCUGGGUCCCCGAGAUAGGGCAUAUGACUGUGAUUCACAGAUGUGUUAUACGUAAUGCUGACUCUCCACUUCUGUGGGAGUACCCUGCCACUAGGGUGGGAGUAGGUUUGGGACCUAGGGUUCACCUACUUCCCCCUCUUCACCCCAUCCCCAAAAGAGGGCUCAGGUAUGACCCUCCUCCCUGGGCCCCUGUGAAUAUUUAUUUUAUUUAUGGCCCCUGGGGGAAUGUGUCAGUUGGGAAGGGCAUAGCCCUCCCCUAUGGGAUUCUCUUCUGGGGUGUCUCUUCACCAGGUCUGUCUAGAAACCCUGGGAUUUUUAUAUAUUUUCUAAUAAAGGACUCUGUGGUGUCUCUCCUUU